UUCCCUCUGUCUGUCCCACUUUGGUCUCUGCCCUUCACUGGUCUGCCUGCCUGACAUCCUAAUUCCAUUUCCUUGCUUAAAAAAUUAGCCUGCGAAAUGUCUUUCAGGGUCAAAACCACCUCCUACAGGGGCUCUUCUCCUGGAAACUUCAGCAGCAGCUCCUACGCUGGACCUGCUGGAGGCUUCAGCUCCCGUAGGUCCUACCAAUCCUACGGAAGUGGCUAUGGAGGCGCAGGAAUGACCAGCAGCUCUGCGUACAGUGUCAGCUCUAGCAUGGGUGGUGCAGGAGGCUUGGGUAUGGGCUUUGGAGGGGGCAUGGCCCCCAUCACUGCCGUCAGCGUGAACAAGAGUCUUCUGGCCCCUCUGAACCUUGAGAUUGACCCCACAAUCCAAGUCGUCCGCACCAAAGAGAAAGACCAGAUCAAGGGCCUCAACAACCGCUUUGCCUCCUUCAUUGACAAGGUCCGUUUCCUGGAGCAGCAGAACAAAAUGCUGGAGACCAAAUGGAGCCUGCUCCAGGAACAGACCACCAUCCACUCCAACAUCAGCGCGAUGUUUGAGGCCUACAUCUCCAACCUGCGCAAACAGCUGGACGGGCUCGGCAACGACAAGAUCAAACUGGAGGGCGAGCUGCACAACAUGCAGGGCCUGGUGGAGGACUUCAAGAACAAGUAUGAAGAUGAACUCAACAAGCGCACGGAGUGUGAGAACGACUUUGUCCUUGUCAAGAAGGAUGUGGAUGAGGCCUACAUGAACAAGAUUGAGCUGGAAGUGAAGCUGGACAGUCUGACGGACGAGCUCAACUUCCUCAGGUCGAUCUACGAGGAGGAACUGCGUGAGCUCCAGAGCCAGAUCAAGGACACCUCAGUCAUUGUGGAGAUGGACAACAGGCGCAACCUGGAUAUGGAUGCUGUGGUCGCUGAGGUCAGGGCGCAGUAUGAGGAUAUCGCCAACCGCACCCGUGCAGAGGCAGAGACGUGGUACAAGACGAAGUACGAAGAGAUGCAAACCUCUGCCAACAGAUACGGAGAUGACUUGCGAGCUACCAAAACAGAGAUUGCUGAACUCAACCGCACGAUCCAGAGACUCACAGCAGAAAUUGACGCCAUCAAAGGACAGUGCACCAACCUGGAGGCACAGAUUACAGAGGCUGAGGAGCGCGGCGAGCUUGCGGUGAAGGACGCCAAGACCCGCAUCAAGGAGCUGGAGCAGGCACUGCAUAGAGCCAAGCAGGACAUGGCCCGCCAGAUCAGAGAGUACCAGGACCUGAUGAACGUCAAGCUGGCUUUGGACAUUGAGAUCGCCACCUACAGGAAGCUGCUGGAGGGAGAGGAGGACAGACUGGCAAGCGGCAUAAAGGCCAUCAGCAUCUCCAAGCAGAGCACAAGUUACAGCGGCGUCCCCAAGGAUAGUAUGAGUGGCAGUUACUCCAGCGGAUACGGCAGCUACUCCAGCGGAGGCUACGGCAGAAUCGACUUCAGCGGCAGCAGCUCCGCUGGCGGCUACAGCACCACCACCACCAAGAAAAAUGUCAUUGUCAAAACCAUUGAGACCAAUGACGGCAAACUGGUGUCUGAGUCCUCUAAUAUCAUUGAGAAAUGAGGUUCCUACCUUAGAGGUGCAGUUACAGCCAAAAUGGUUCAUAUCCCUGGCAGAUUUCAAUGUAGGUUUUUUUCUGAUAGAGAAUGAGACAGACAUCACUCCAAAAGUAACAAAACGUUUAAGUAGAAUCAAUUUUGAAAAAAUAAUUUUCCAAAGCCAGAGUAAUUUUAAAAAAAUGUCUUGUCAAGUAUUAUUCAGAGAGCAUCUGCAAUAAUGGAACAUCUUUAUUGCAUUGCAACAAUAAAACCCUUCCUUUAAGUUCUGGCUUCUGCCUGCUUGUUUCCACCAGCAGGUUGACGAUUUCGAUGCAAAAACACAAAAUCUUACUAAGUUUUUUUGGUCUAGUUUAUCGUGCAAAUAUCUUAGUGCAAUUGGAAUAAGUCAAAACUGACUCAUAAGUAACUUUUCAGCAAGAUAGAGGUGCUUGUUUUAAGUAAAUAAAUUAUUAAUAUUCAUGAAAAACUACUAGCUUUUAUGGCAGACUUAUAAAAAAUGUCUUGUUAUAAGUGAAAUAAUCUGCCAAAGGAACUAGUACUUUUUUUUUUUACAAACAUCAAAGAAUAAUUGACUCUAAAAAGUUCUUAUAUCUUGAUGAAAAGUUAAUUAUGAGUUAGUUUUGUCUUAAAUGUAGUAAGAUAUUUGCACUAGAAAUUAGACCAAAAAUGCUAGGUUUUGCAUUUUUCCAGUUAUGUUUUUGGUAAUGAUUCCAGGUCUCCAGGUCAUUCCCCUAAUCUUUAGCUCCCUUCACAUUAUUUACCACAUUCCAGUCAGGAUGAAAAACUUUUGCCUGGGGUAUGAAUAUAUUUGGCCUUAACUGUGCCUGUUUGUCAUGACCUUCUCUGCCUCUCUGGUAGUUUUAUACUCAAAGCUCAACCACUGUGACCACUGUAAUUAAGAGACUGCUGUGGUAAAUAAUGUUUUCCUGAGACGAUGUUUUUGCAACAAACUGAAUAAAGCCAAGCUAAAUAAAUGAAAA